ACGUUAUUGGUGUAUUGGUAUCGUUCACUAUCAUGGCUGCCUGGUAAACUGACCUGUAACGGUGCUACGAUCUUUGGAGAAAUACAACAUUUAUUGUGUUAAUCCUGCAGUAAAAAGGUUUUUUUAAUUAAUAAUUAAGGUUUCUAUAGCGUGUGUAGUUCAUGAUGGCGGGGAGCAGCACUGCUCAGAAGACAUGGGAGCUCUCCAACAGCAUGAACGAGGUUCAGGGCAUUGACGAAAUCUACAAAUAUGACAAAAAACAACAACAGGAAAUCCUCGCUGCAAAGCCAUGGACUAAAGAUCACCACUACUUUAAGUACUGCAAGGUGUCGGCUCUGGCCCUCCUGAAGAUGGUGAUGCACGCACGGUCGGGGGGGAACCUGGAGGUUAUGGGGCUGAUGCUGGGGAAGGUAGACGGAGAGACCAUGAUGAUUAUGGACAGCUUCGCGCUGCCGGUGGAGGGAACAGAAACACGCGUCAACGCUCAGGCUGCGGCGUACGAGUACAUGGCUGCGUACAUCGAGAACGCUAAGCAGGUGGGCCGCCUGGAGAACGCUAUUGGCUGGUACCACAGUCACCCUGGAUACGGAUGCUGGCUCUCAGGAAUCGACGUCAGCACUCAGAUGCUCAACCAGCAGUUCCAGGAGCCCUUUGUGGCCGUCGUGAUUGACCCCACCCGCACCAUUUCUGCAGGGAAAGUCAACCUGGGCGCCUUCAGGACCUACCCCAAGGGGUACAAACCCCCGGACGAGGGACCCUCGGAGUACCAGACCAUCCCCUUAAACAAGAUCGAAGACUUCGGGGUUCACUGUAAACAGUAUUACGCUCUGGAGGUCACCUACUUUAAGUCGUCUCUGGACAGGAAGCUGUUGGAGUUGCUCUGGAAUAAAUACUGGGUGAACACGCUCAGCUCCUCCAGCCUCCUGACGAACUCUGACUACACCACAGGUCAGGUGUUUGACCUCUCAGAGAAGUUGGAGCAGUCGGAGGCUCAGCUCGGGCGGGGCAGCUUCAUGUUGGGACUGGACACGCACGACAGGAAGUCAGAGGACAAACUGGCCAAAGCAACACGCGACAGCUGCAAGACGACGAUCGAGGCGAUUCACGGCCUGAUGUCUCAGGUGAUUAAGGAUAAACUCUUCAACCAGGUCAACACGUCUGCUAACUAAGAACUGACCCAGAGCCAGCAGCUGAUCCCCUCUGAAGACCUGGUUCCUGUUCAGCACACAUUAUGUCUAAAUGCCCGGGUAGGAUUAUCUGUGAGUUCUGUUUUCAGAGUAGGGUUAGCUAAACUUUGAAAACAGUGAAAAUUCAUGCAAGAAAAAUAAAAAAAGUAAACCUGC